AUGUGUGUCACGUCCCAGCAAGAGCUGACCCAAAUGUCUCAUUUAAUGCAGGUACUGGCAGAAGACUCUGAGGAGGAUUGGUCCCCAAAGUUUCAAGGCAUGUAUGCUCCUGUGGACCCUUCUCCUACCCGUACUCAGUCACCGCUUGAACACCCGCUAGUCGAGUUCAGGAUAGAUGAUCAGGCCCUGACCGAUUCUGAGGCUACUCUGUCCGCUAGUGAUGCUGCCAGUCCGGGGGCGAGGGUGGAGAAACACACUUUUGAGCUACGAAGACGCGGCGGCCAUGUUCUCCAGGUGGUUGAUGCACUUGAAGCAGUUUGGUUGGACAAGGAAGAAAGAGUUGUUGUUGUCCUGGGUAGGGCUCAGAAACAAAGGAAUUUGGUGCCUCCUGGAUCGCCGAAUGGGGAUGAUGCCACUAUGAUUUUGAAGCUCAAUGAAUAUGGCACUAAUAUGCUUGAUGCAAAUCCGGAUGGUAAAAAACGUGCUUUACAUGAGAUUGGUGGGGCUAUUGAUGAUAGCCCUUCUCCCAAGAGACAGUUUGUGGAAGUGGUUGACGAUGCUGAGAAGGUGGAGGAAGCCAGCCUUGAGUGGCCCCACGCGAAUAAAUGA